CUGCCGCGGCUGUAGUACAUAAAUCGUGCGUGCGCUGCAUUCCGUCCCCUAGAAAAACGAGUGCAAUGGCCAAGGAGCGCCCCAGCGUGCUGCUGUUUCUGUUCUCACUCACUUUCUUGCUGGUCCACACGCUGCCGUAUGAGCCUAAUGCGAAGUACAUCGGAUGGCAGGUGAAGCAAGUGAGGCUGGACGACGGGUCUCCGGAAGCGCUUGUUCAAGAUUUGUACGACCUUGAAGAUCCAAACUUGCUACAGGUUCUCCGAGUCAGCAGAGUGCAAGACGAAACCGACUGUGGCUUGGCAGAAAUAGCCGUCGCACCGAAUUAUGAGGAAGAAUUCUCGAACGCGUUAGCUGCGAGGGGCCUCAACUAUACCACUGUCAUCGCAGAUCUCGCCACGAAACUAUCUAUGGACGAGCCGUUCCUGCGCAGAGCCGAUCUGCUCCGCGGCGUUGCCACGUUCGAGCGCUUUAUGAGUUUCGAGGAGAUACAGGCGCACGUGGAGGAGCUGCCGAAACAGUAUCCGGGGCAGGUGAAGAUGCAGGAGCUGGACCGCACCACCGAGAAUCGGCCCAUCUACUUGGUGACCAUCCACAGCGGCUCCAGCAAGAAGAGCCCCGUGAUCUUCGUGGACGGAGGUAUGCAUGCCCGCGAGUGGGCGAGCCCUGCGGCAGCGCUGUUCCUGGUGGGUCAUCUGCUGGAGUCGCCGGCCCUCACGCGCGACGUCGAGUGGCGCAUCGUUCCGGUCCUCAACCCCGACGGAUACGUGUACACAUGGACCACCGAUCGCAUGUGGCGGAAGAAUCGAGGCGCGACGAGGUCGCUCCUCUGCACGGGCGUCGACAUCAACCGGAACUUUGAUUACCACUGGGGAGAGUCGGGGUCCAGCAAGCAACCCUGUUCCUCCAUCUACCAAGGGAUGACGCCGUCCAGCGAACCGGAAACGAACGCCUUGAUAAGCGCUGUCCUGGAGGUGAAGAGAAGGGUCAAGGCCUACGUAUCUCUCCACGCCUACGGGCAGUACAUCCUAUAUCCAUGGGGAUAUCGCAGGACCACGCCUAAGAAUAGCGCUGAAUUGGAAGAGGUUGGCAAAGGGAUGGCGGAGGCAAUAACCAAGGCUCAGGGAAAAGUCUUUGCUGUUGGCAGCAGUGCAAAGCUCCUUUACCCUGCCUCAGGAGCCUCGGACGACUGGGCGCUGGGCGUGGCCAAAGUGCCCCUGUCCUACACCCUGGAGCUGCGGGACGAGGGCGCGGCCGGCUUCGUGCUUCCGCCGAACCAGAUCAUUCCCGCAGCGAACGAGGCGUGGGCGGCCAUGAAGUACCUCGGCGAGUACGUGGCCACGCAGGAGGCCCGAACGCGGGAGGCGGGCAGCGCUGCGCCCGCCGCCGGGCAACGCGAUGCGCCCAGCAUCCGCACGGCAGCUCAUCCUGUGGGGCACGACCUGUUACCCAUGUUUCUCGAUGGCUUCGCCGGCGCCGACGGCGUUGACAGCGAAAGCGACGAGAGCGACAGCAGUGAAGAAAGCUUCAGCGAUGAGGUGGUCUAGUCGAAGGUCUCCGCGCCAGUGUCUGUGAUGCCGUUCGAGAAAAGUGAUGACGUAAUGUGAACAAGAACACAUACACACACACACACACACGUAAAUAUACAUGCAUGUACAUAUAUAAUCACACACACACACGCAUACAUACACACACACACAUACACACACACACACACACGCACGCACA